GUCAAUAUCCGCCUCCUACAAUCGGGAAGGGCGCGAGAUAGAAAUCCAGGAGCGCGGUCAACUCUGGCGCUCUGCUCCAGCUGGAUUUGAGCUGCUACAUAGCCAUUCAUUCAACACAACAACACUUGGUCCCUUUCUCCAGCACUCCAUAAAGAUAAUAAACAGGCAGUACAAGGCAGUACAAACUCGAAUAUACGAGCACAUGACGCGGACCAGCAGCAGGACACAGCACCGUCUGACCGUAAACAGCAGAAACAGAGGGAAAUGUCCUGGUGGGCGCGCAGGUAAGAAGCUGAUCUUUGUAUUUAAAUGUUGUUAAAUAUACGAAGGAAUCAGCAGUCGACCGGAUUUUGUUAACAUUUUGACCUAUACUCGCUGCAUUUUAGUACAAAAGCGCCACUCGUUUAUGCCGCCCUUUUCGGAUAACUUCGAUCAAUGUGUAGCAGGGUUUUAUUAAAUAACCCUCCUGACUUACACAGUACAGUUUUUAUUACGCUGUGAUUAUCCACUUAUAUUUCCCCCAAAAAAAUCUGUCAGUAGAUCAUUGUAUAAAGACAAGACUUGCCGCUCAGUCAUCGGAACUGUAAACCCGAGAAACAGGUUUUCCUGGCUUUGUUCCUGCUGUCCAUGUCAGCUUUGUUGGUGCUCAUCAUCAUCUCCCUGCUUCACAGUGAGGACGGGGAUGAGUCCAUGCAUCAAGACACAGACUCUGAUGUGGCAGAUCACAGGGAUGGUGGGAAAGUAAAGGUGAAGUGGACAUCAGAGGAGGUGAGCGACUUGUCCCAGUAAUUUACACGUAGUCUCAAUGUAAACACUGAGCCCUGUAGGACAAGAGACAUGCUUGUGUGGUUUGUUUACAGGAUGACAAGCUCAAGGCCCUAGUCCAGAGGUUAGGACCCCAAGACUGGAAACACAUAGCCUCCUUCUUACCGGUAAGUUAACGUCUUGCUUAUAUUUUGACACUUGUAAAUGGUUCACAUCGUUGUUUUAAACAGAAUCCUCUUUUUGUGCCGUGUCUUUUCAUAUGCUUGUUCAGAGCCACAGUGAACACCAAUGUCAGCAUCGCUGGUUUAAGGUCUUGGACCCAGAAUUGGUUAAAGGUCCUUGGACUAAAGAAGAGGAUGAGAAGGUGGAUGAAAUGUGAAUCUCUGUGCACAUAAAGUAGAAUUAGUCCUUGUAAGAUAAAUUUACAUUACUACUCUUCAUUCCACAGGUUAUAGAACUUGUAAACCUGUAUGGCAACAAACAGUGGGCGCUGGUUGCCAAACAUUUAAAAGGCAGGCUUGGGAAGCAAUGUAGAGAGCGCUGGCACAACCAUCUCAAUCCCAACGUGAAGAAAUCAUCAUGGACAGCAGAGGAGGACCUCAUCAUCUACAAGGCUCAUUGUCUGCUCGGAAACCGCUGGGCUGAGAUUGCAAAACUGCUCCCAGGAAGGUAAAUACUCCUCAAAUGGUGGUGAUCUCACAAAGUUUGGAGUGGUUUUCACCGUUCUCUGUACGUAUAGGCGAGGUCUGUUGGACUUGAAGGACUCUUGUCAUUAUAUUUAUUUGCAGAACUGACAAUGCAGUGAAAAACCACUGGAAUUCCACCAUCAAACGGAAGUUAGAGAUGGGUUUCUAUGCGGGGGAAGUUUUAAGACCGGAAGAACUGGAAGAGCUGUUGGCUCGUGUCAAUAAAGAUGUGCAGGUGAGCGAUCUUAAAUUAUGUUUUUUUUUUUUUUUUUUUAUGUCAGAUAAAUGCACAUGUUUGAUCAAAAUACUGGUUUCUAAUUUCACAGAUGGCCAGUUGUUCUUUGGAUGAUCUGGACAAAGACCUGGAACAAACAGCAAACUCUGCAGUACGUACACAUCACAUUACUUUCUUUAAAUAAACAUCAGCACAACGCAAAGUAAUAAAUAUUUUCUACCUGUUUCAGGAAACCUCAGACUCAGCCUCUGUCGAAGCUGGCCCCAGUGAAGCUGGACCAUCAAAGGCUGUUUCUCCCCCUGAGGACAGUUCAAGCCUCAAAACCGAAGCAGACACUUCAGGAGAGAUGAACUGUUCCAGCUGGGUGGUGGACAGCUCUGGUUUUCUCUCCCCUUCUGGUCCUGCACUGAAGGAAGUCCUGGACAUGGUUGAUGGGGUAACUAUUCAUGGCAAUAGAAAAGUUUAUUAAAACAUUCGGACUGUUUGAAGACACGGUGGAUGCACUUUCAUAGAAGAUAUGAGCCUGUUGUGACUAGUUAAACUUUGUUGUUCAAUCUGACAUGAAUGUGUAUUAUCUGAUUUACAUGGUUAUGCUUAACUUUGCUCAGAAAAAUAGUCUAUUUGAGUCAAGAAUACAUGUCCAAUUAAGAAAAAAUGCUCUUUCCCUCAUCAGGACCUUGAUGGUUGGUGUAACCUGGCAGCCUUUGACCUGCCUGAAGACAGUCCAAGCCCAGAGCGUCACCAGUUUCGCCUGGAGGCCAGCGCCUUGCAGGAGUUAAGCAAAGGAAGCAAGGGUGAACUCAUCCCCAUCUCCCCUGGAGGUGUAACCCCACCCUCAACACAGAUCCGGAGAAACAGAAGAUACACCGCCUUGUCUCCUGAAGGCAACAACUCCAUGACCCCGAAGAGCACUCCGGUCAAGAUUUUGCCCUUUUCUCCAUCGCAAGUACGUCACUUAUGCUCAGGGUCGUUAAAUGCUUGAAAAGUCAUAUGAGAUUCUUCCCUCACAAUGUACAUUGUUUUAGUUUCUCAACAUGUGGACCAAGCAAGACUCGCAUGAUCUGGAAAACCCGUCCCUCACAUCAACACCAGUGUGCAGCCAGAAAGCCGCCGUUGUUACAACUCCGCUACAGCGUGACAAGACACCUCACACCCAGAAAGAAAACUCAGCGUAAGGGAUUUCUGACUCGCGGAUAAUAAGCGGCAUCUCUGUGGCUCUGCUUUUGUCUAGGGAGUUUCACAAUACCUUAUUUUUGUUCUUGUUUUCCUCAGAUUUGUUACUCCCAACCACAAGUCUGAUCUCUGUACAACCCCCCGAACUCCGACACCGUUCAAAAAUGCCAUGGAGAAGUAUGGUCCUCUUCAGCCUCUGGUGAGUAUCUGAUAGUCACUUUUUGUGACAUUACGAUCUGUUAAUAGUUCAGUAACAUAACCCGUCUUUGUCUGUAAUCUCAGCCUCAGACUCCAAACCUUGAAGAUGACAUAAACGAGGUCAUCCUGAGAGAUUCAGGGUUGGACUUGGUUGCGUUACGUUCGACUCCACCUGAGCAAAGACGCAAAACGAUGGUAAUUAUCAGUCCACUGUUCUACUUUUCACAUACUUCGAGUGUCUGAGUGGGGAAUACUGACUGGCUUGUUUAAAGGGAUAUUCAGGUGUAAAUUUAAGUUAAGGUCACAAAAUUAGACACCCCCUCGAGAGAUAAAUGUUGCCAACUGCUUUCUUCUCUAGUUACACCAACUUUAGUAACAACUGCACGAUAGCAAUACACAGGGGUCUGUGUCUCCGUGAGCAAACCUCAACCAAAAAAACACUCUAUAGCCACAAAUAUGCCGGAAUAUCUCUGAGCAGAAUGGGCAGGACCCAGGUGCAAAGGGGUCUUCUCUUGUUCUGGAAAGGUUCCUUUGUGUUAACUUCAACAUUAUACAGCUUAAUACUUGGCUAUUUACUAUAGAAAUCAGUCAUUUGUUCCAAAUAUGGAUUUGGAUCAAAUGAUUUGAUUGAUUUCGAUUUGAUGAUCCGUGAUGGUUUUAGCUUUGUUCAUAAUAACAGUUACUUCUCUCCCUCUAGGGUAGGCUAUCUUGACUUUAAUUACUAAUACUAAAUUAAACUCUUCUUCAAAUGGGCAUAUCCACUUGUUAUUACACUGACCAUCAUCUGUACUGGGAAGGUAAAAGGAGGUGUGGGGACCAAGUUUUCUGUUGCAUCCCUCUCUGUGCGUUGACUCUGUUGUUUGUAUAUCUGUCUUUAAACACCGUUUUACAUCCUGGGCUCACUCCUGUUUUUUUUACUUUACUGAAUUAUCUCUGUAAAAUACUUUUGUACUUGAUAAUUAGUUGAAGGGUUGGUUUAUAGUGCAAACUUGUGUUGGUGUCCAGAGUAAAAAAUACCAGAAUCGUGGUUUGUCCUCAGAUUUGACAAGUUUCUGAAACUUCUGCACAGGAGCAGCUGAAUAUGAAAUACUUUGGUCAUUCAGAUUCCCAAACUCUGGCUUUUGCUGCUAUCAUAGUACAAGAACCUAAAUAUGUACCCCUUCCUACAGUUUUGUAAAUGAAAUGGGCCAUAAAUCUAUUCUCCUCACUAAUUUUUCACAGGAAUUGCACUUCAGCACCAACAUUUUUUGUUAAGGCUGUUUAACAGAUGCCAGUGUUUUUUUGGUUUCUUUCAUUUCAAGCUUCGGCCCCCUAUGAAGAAAGUAAGGAAGUCAUUGGCCCUGGAUGUCAUGGACUGCCAAGUGAUGCCUACAUCCAAACGCAAAGCCCUCAAAAAUGAAGCAAAAAGAACCAUCAAGGUAACUCUCUAAACAAAUGAUUCUGCACAGACAUUGAUGUGAUGCAGCCCAAUUCAGUUUUUCCUUCUUUUUUUGACACAGGAAGAACCCAUGAUGGUUUCUCUCAACUCGUCAUCAUUAAGCAGCAAACGACAUGAAAGUAUUUUGGAUCAGGGAUUCCUUAUGGGGCCUAGUGACAGUGCCAUAUUUCCCAGCACUGCGCAUCCACUUCCGGCAAGUUCAUUUCUUUUGUUAUAAAGAGCAUUUAUCUCUUGAUCAGUUAAUGUGUCGUCACUGCUUCUCUUCCUUAUCCUUACCCUGUAGUGAUGCUGUUUUUUUUUUUCUCUCCUCAGAUGUCAAAAGAAUGGGAAAUGGUUGUCUGUGGACAAACGAAGGAUCAGCUCAUCAUGACAGAAAAAGCAAGAAACUAUCUUCGCUCCCUGAAAUCCCACCCCACCAGCCGGGCUCUGAUUCUCUCCUGAGAUGCCUCUCAUCUGUUCACUGAGAUGUUGAAUAUGUUCAACCUAAUGUUGCUGUUUGUCCUUUUUGCUGUUGCAGUUUUCGGGGAAAAAUAACGUGGCAUAUGUAGAGUUAGAACCUGACGAAAGAAGUCAAUAGCAAUCAUAAUAAUAUUUCACAUCUCUAUCAAAGAUUGGAGAGAGAAUGUAGCUUUUAGACUUUGUAUUCCUCGAAUGGUUUUGUACACAAUGUCAGGAAAAACGUCGUCACAUGGCAUCAGCGUCACCUAACAAUGAAUGUGAAAGUGUAAAAUCACGACUUGUAUGUAUGUUUGCUAUCACUGAGAAGACACUGUUUUACAUGGCAUAAUGUGUGUGGAACAGACCCGUUUUAAAGUUCUGAAAAAUCGUAACGCUCAGGUUGCAAAUCCAUAUUUCAAUCUUUGUUGAAAAACUGAAAUAUGGAGAAAAUCCUAACUCUUUGAUCAGUAUUACAUUAGAAAAGUAAUUCAUGUCAAAAAUAUCAAAUGAAUAGUCUUGUUGAAAGAUCUAAUUAGCAUAUGUUGUACUAUAAAAUAGAUAUGCAUCUUAAUAGACACAUUGAAAGUUUCGGUGUUACACAGGAUAAUUGUGAUAAGAAAGGUGGACUACAAAACCCGUCAAUAAUACAUCCAGGAGGGAUACUACCUCCAUUUUUUUUUUUUACUGGAAGGGUUGACAUGUUUCAAUAUUCAGGAGCUGUGCCGGCAUUCAUGGUAGAGCAGAUAUUGUUAUUGGGCACUAUUUGUAAAUAAACAUGUUGAAUGUUUUUAUCUUGUCUUUAAGAAAUUGUUCAAAAAAUAAAAUUAAAUCAAUUUUGA